AUGAUGCAACAGAUCCUGGCUUCUUCGAUCAAGGUUACAGGGCUACUUUUCGGUGACUCGAGAACUCGACAGCGAUCAUUCGAAGUAAAAGAUUUCAAAGUCCUCGUGGAGGGCAUGGGAUCAAGUAUCUUUGGAAUCCAAAAGUCCUCACCAAUUGACCUGGCUACCUAUGAAGUUGCACAAUCAUCGGACUCGAAAGAGUUCCAUCCGUGUCACACCGAUCCGGAAGUCACCCUCCUUACCAAUCUCUCGGACCCCAUCAGUGUCGAAGCAAUUGACGACGAGGGGAGGGAGCACAGUGGCCCAACCUACAUGGACCUCACGCCGAGGAGGCAUGUCUUAGCGCUGCUACAGGUAUCCGACCUCCUCUAUUGGAAGGAGUGGUCCAUGAAACGAAGCAACGAGGUAACUGGUAUCGACCACAAGGGCAAUCGCCAGCAAGCGAACAAAGACCUGCCUGGCCUCGUUAGCCAUUCUGCACGAUAUUUGUGGAAAGAGAUCGGUACAAGCGGCCCGAUUAUGCUGCUUGCAGCCCAAUAA